CUUGCCAUUGAGCUGGAGAGGGCGUGUUGACUGCUUGGCUGUAGAACGGUGAUUUCAACUGAGUAGCUGCGGUAUUUCCAGACUCCGAGUAUACUACACCUUACCUACAGAAUGGAAGAACUUGAAACAUUCCUAACAAGUUUUCAAAACGAGAGAAUUUAUGUCGCUUUGAAAACAGGCUCCAAGUAUGUCGGGACCGUGCGGCAAAUACACAUGGAUAAAACCCUCCUGUUAGAAAAAGUUGUCGAUGUACAAACAGGAAGGGAAUUUCAAGGACUGAAACUGUUUUUGGGUCAUGAAAUCAAAAAUGUUGGAAGUGCAGAAAAUAUUGGAGCAGAAGGCGAACCGUCUACCACAUAUUCACACCACGAUGAUGUUCUAGAUGAAGGAAGUGAAGAUAUCGACCUAGAGGAUCAUUGUGGUAUGAAAGCACAAUUAAAUGAAUUUCACAUUCCUGGCAUUAAAAAUGCUGUGGAAGAUGAAAACAUAAAAUAUAUUGUUAUUGACAGCUUUUGUGACCUUUUUGUUCCUGCUAUUAUGCAUAUAAAAAAACAGAAAGUGAUUGGUGUUGGCAUCAGUGGUGUGGGCUUAUUUCAACAAAAUAGACUCUGCUGGAUGCAGAUUGCAACAAAGACGAGAGUUUAUUUAUUUGACAUUAUGCUCCUUGGAUCAAGAGCUUUUAAAAAUGGGCUUACAAUAAUUUUGGAAGACAGUAACAUCCUAAAGGUGAUACAUGAUUGUCGCAGUAUGUCUUCUUGCUUGCACACACUUUUUAGGACUGAUUUGACAAGCGUAUUUGAUACACAGGUUGCUGAUGUGAUGUAUUACUAUAAUGAAACUGGAGGGUAUCUACCAGACCGAGUCAGUCCACUUGAGGAAUGCUUGGUGCGCCAUUUAAAAAUAUCUGCAUCCUCCUUACAGUUUAUAUCAAAGAGCCCUGAAAUAUUUUAUGAUCGACCGUGUCCUGCUCAUUUACUCAGUGCAAUGGCAUUGUCUGUUGUUCAUCUGCAAGAGUUAAGACUAGCCCUGCUGGAUGCUCUUAUGUCAGACUUUACAAGUUUAGUGGACACUUAUCUGAGCAUAAACCUUGAGGAACCUGUUCACUUUCAAGCAUUGUCUCCGGAUUCUAUUCUGGAUCUUCCCAAAGAACUGAGGCAGCUGGAGGUAAAAGCAAAGCAGCGUCGGGAAUGGGCUCAGAAAGAGUAUCAAAUGAAUGAAGUUGGCCUUCUAAUUCGGCCUUCUCUCCCACUUGGUGAAGAAAUUGUAAAUAAAAGACCAGAAAGCAGACCUUACCACCAGAAUUUAAAAUACACGAAUGGUUCUGAAACUUUACGUAAUAGCAAAGCCAAAUGUAUUCCUUGGAGUAAAGCUUGCCUUCAGCCUACAUUUGGUGCCACGUGUUCUGAGACAACAGAUGCUGAAGUACAAGAUGAAUAAGUGACCUGGAGUCGCACAUUGAAUAACUGAUAGUGAUUGAACAUAGCAACCUGGAGUUCUUAAAAUCAAACAUUUUUAUGCUGAAUACACACACCAGCCUGUCAAAUUGUUUGAGUAACAAUACAAUUAAGUGUAUAACUGCUUUUAUAAUUUAGUGAAAUUGAACUCGGAUUCAGCAGAUCUGUAGUCUGUAAGCAUGGGGGCGUCACUUUUAAGAAUUUCAGCUUUGAAAGCUUCAGUGGAAACCGUAAAGUUGGUUACCCAACCAUGUACUUCAAGAGCUAUAUAAUAUUGGAUAAGAUUAUCAAUUCCAGCUCAGCUUUUCAGAGAAUGAACAAUCAGUUCUGCUGUCAACAAGUAAUAAUCACAUUUGCCUUGCCAGCCUUCUUUAAUGAAUGACACGAUUCACAUUGUGCCGUUUCUUUUCUUUUCUUUUUUUUUUGUACAUUUGAUUAUACUCGUUGCACAUCUUAUUUUUUUGGCAGAGCUGAUGUAAGGUGUUUCCAUAUUGUGCUGGGUUCACUAAGAAGGAGGAUAUCCUGAAGUUUAUCAAGUGUUGUGUGCUAAUGGCUAAGGUGCUGAACUGUCAUGUGUUCAUUUCCUUGUUCAGUUCUCAUGACUAAUUCUUUAUGUGAGCAAAUUAUCUGCCAGUGCUUCACAUAUGCAAAUAUGAAAGCAAUUGUAGCAGUAAAACUUGUUUUUUUUUUCCAUAGCAUAGGUAUAACAUGUAAAAUGUACAGAAACAAAUGGUUAAAAAAAAAAAAAAUCAAUUCCACAGAAGGUGUCAGGACAGAUGCCAGCACAUCACCGAGCCAGCCAUGUUGCACAUCCACACUCAAACGGAGCCAAUUUAGCUAAACCUGUAAGUGUUUAGGAAUGCGGGAGGAAAUUCCAUACACAAACAAGGAGAUGACAGGGGCCGGAGUUUAAACCUAGGACCCUCGAUCUGUUGAGCAGCAGUGCUAAUCAGUACGCCACCUAAAAACGGCUUUCACAUAUUAGCCAUUUGCAGAACAUUGAUGAAAAAAAAAAAUGUACAACAGUUCAGCUAAAUUAGAUAUUCAUAUGCAGUGUGAAAUGGCUAAGGAAGUGGAGUUUUCGAGCCACUAGGUUGCCUACUUGUUGCUUGCCUUCAGCCCCUGUUAGUCCCUGAUCAAGUCACUCGUCCUGUAUACUGUGUAUGUUCACUUUCAAAGUGUCUCGGGAUUGUGUCCAGUACAAAAGGAUGCUCAAUAAAGUAAAGGUGGUUUAUCCUUGGGAUAACAGGAUUAGCCAAUCAAAAAAAAAAAAGUAAAUUUUUAAUGCGUUGGCAUGGUGGCACAGUGGUUAGCACUGUUAUUGCUUUCCUGUGAGGUCUGCUGGUUUUCAUUUUUGUCUGUAAGUCUUACUCUUCAGGCACUAAAGUUGUCAUGCAGGUUAGGGUUAAGUAGAUACUCUGAAUUGACCCAGUGAGUGACUAGCAUUCUGUCUAGAGGGCUGCUUCCUACUUUGUAUCAAAUGAUGACUUGCUGGUCAGCAUCUUCAAAGAAGGAAGCUGAUGGUCAAUGGUAUGUCAUAAGUACCUGUGAUUCUCAUUUUGGAGAAUAAUAACACUAGAAUUCUUUUGUUUGUUUUAAUCUUCACCUUUUUGUUCUGCUAUGACUUCUGAUGGUGCCUAAGCAUUGAUUGCUUUUUGCUCUGCUAGGAGACCAACCGUCCCAAUAAUAAGACAGUUGAUUAUUUUUCACAUACUAGACUUUAUUUGACGCAUUUGAAAAAGGCUAUUUACAAAGUGGUUGAAGGUUUUUGUGGCCAUUCUUGAAGUAUCAUUGAGCAUCCCAUCUUUAAAAGGUUGUUAGGUGGAAUACACCUGGAAUAACGUAACUAAUACAUUCACUUUAGUGCGUCUGUGUAUUGGGGCUUUUGAUCAGAGGUGCGCUCCAUUCACUCUUUUCUGUACAGGGAGUUGGACUAGGGGUGUACAAUUAGACCCAUCAUGGGCAUAUACUGGUGAUUCUCAAACAUUUAAUGUAUUUAAUAAUUGGUAUUGGGUCUGAAUCAUUUAGGUAGCUUAUUCAAGUGUGAAACACUGCACAGAAAACGUUAAAUCCUAAGCAUCGCUCAAAUGUGGCUUCGUUCCUGGAGUAUGCAGAGAAUUCAGUGUUGUUCAUAAAGACUUCUAGAGGAUCUUGACAGUUCACUGUAUACUUGAAAUAUGGGAAGUGUCAUGAUUGGACAUUCUCCAAAAAUAAAUUGUAUUGGGAAUUUAAUAUUUCUUGAGUCACUCGUAUUGUUUGGUAUUUUGCUUUACCUUGCAGGAAUGAGUACAAUAUGUACAUGAAACAAAAGAAAAAUUUUAGAACAUAAAGGGAAGGGUGGAGUUCAGAAAUAAAAUGUUGCCCUGAAAAAGACGACACAUAAGCAGUAACCGGUAGGAAAAAUGGGCAAAAGUCGGCACUCCUAACAUGUCUUCCCUAUAAUUUUUUUUUUUUCUGGAUCUGAGUCACUAAUGACAGAAACUUUAACUAGAGAAGUAUCGUCUUUUUCCUGUUUUUCCUAAACAUAAUCAAACAGGCCUUAUAAUAAUAGUUUCCAUCUCACAGGUCAAGCUUCUGAUACUGAAUGCAAACGUUACAAGCUAGUUAGCAUCAGUGACGUCAAGUGUGAGCGCUCACAGUAACGGCUCUUAGGCCUUAACAACACACAUGGUGGCCAUGCCCUCAUGAGGUCUUCAAUAUGUGAUGCUUUAUGAUAAGUAAAAAUUCACACAAAAUUGAAUUUUUAGUGAAAUUUAUACGUUUUUGUCUUGCAAAAAAAAAUUCCUGACUAGUGAAAUGUUUGCGACUGAGACACGAAUAAGAAUGUUUGUUUAGUUCCUGUUUGGAAGCAUUUUUCUCUAUUAAUUCUGCAUGUGUCUG